AAUAGCCAGCAACAAACAACCAUGGCCGAAGUCGAUUUGAAACUUCCGGAACUGAUACCGGAAAUGGCAAGAUACCAGACCAACCCAAUGUCAAUCGACACUUUCGCUUUAUACUGUCUAGUUGACUGUAUAUCAGAGCUGCCAGCGAUUCUUGAAGCGAGCAAUUCGGAGAUGAAUGAGAUAGUUGAGACAUACAAACAUGGACCGCAAGACGAUCGCGUACAAUGCAGGAUCGAGACUGUGUUUGGCUCAAUGAAGGAAGUGAUUCAGCACCAUCUCGCAACCUGCGAUGAAGAGAAAGUUGACCCCCAUUACUUUCUUGUGGUUGCAGAUGCAGAGUGGGAAGAAAAAGGAAUAAUCGCCGUUAACCUGGAUAGUGGCGACCCGGAAGAAGGCGGCGACGCAAGACUCAAGCCAGAUCUUUUCUGGAUGAAGAUCGAAGAAUCCGGACUUUUGCUUGUCAACUUGCAGAUUGCCAAUACGGAUUGGUAUGAAGCGAAGGAGAAUUACGAAGUCGUGGAAGAGGAGCCUUGGACAGGCGAAACAUUCGCGGAUGGCGCGCCUACGAAGAAACCAAAAACAGAUUUCUACAUAGGCUUCUACGCCGUGCAAGCAAUCGAUUCGGACGAAAUAAUCCAAAAAGUGCAACCAGGCCCUUUCCAGCCACCUGAGGACUAUUGUUGCCGAUUUGAAGGUCAUCUCGAGCGACGUGGCGACCUUGUAGAACAGGCUACAAGUCUCCAUAGACAACGGUGUCUAGUGAAUCCGUAUCUGCAGAAGGAUAUGAUGUUUGUUGCUGAGUCUGAGGAUUACGCGGAAAAGGGGCUGUUGAUGUGUCACAUCCCCAAGGGAGAAACGAAGAGGGUGGCUUGUGUGAUACACACUCUCGUGCCAGAGUUCUGUAUGAUCGCACACGGAAGCAAGAAGUGGUCUGAUCUUUGAUGACUGACAAAAUUGCUCGGCUUGUUGGUGUCGUUGACGAACCAUGUCUCACCAUAGCAAUUUGCGCCUCAAGCGCUCGGUAACAACUGUAUAAUAUCCAAGACAUGUUGCUUGCGCC